UUCACUUCCUAUCCCUCACGAGUCACGGAGCCUUGUCCUUCAUUCUCUCUCUUAUCUCAUUAUUAGAUCCCCCUCUCAUGCUCAUAUUUUCAUUUACCCUUAUCUUCAUUCUCAUUUCUCUGUUAUCUUCUCAUUAUCGAUUCGUUGGUUGCAAUUGUUUGAACUUUGAAGUACUAUUGUUGCCCGAAUCUCAUCCGUUGUUGCGUGCCCAGAAACUCAAACGUUGCUGCCCAAAAACAUAAUUUUUCUCUCCAAAUCUUCCCUCAAGCUGCCUGCAAUGGAGCAAGAGUUUGAUGAAUAUGAUGAGGACAACCAAGAUCAUUUUGAAACUAUAGAUUCUCAAUACACUGUUCAGAAUCAAGAUUCUACUCAACAGCAAGUUACUACCACUAGUGGUAGUAAGCGUGGACGAACAUCAGAUGUUUGGAGGCAUUAUACCUUUUUUGAUAAGAUGGUUGGUCUUGCUCCGAUAAAAUAUGCUCGAUGCAAUAUUUGCGGUAAUGAAUAUAAAACACCAAGUAAGUAUGCUGAUGAUUAUGAGGAUAGCCCAUCAAAUCGGCUAUCGAUGGAGAUUGAUUCUUAUUUGUGUACUCCUCGUCAACCGACUUAUGAAGGGCAGAAUUAUGAUGUUCUCAAGUAUUGGGAAUCUAAAAUUAGUGUGUACCCCAUAUUAGCUGUUAUGGUUAAGGAUGUUUUGGCCAUUCCUAUUACAUCGGUAGCCUAUGAGUCUUCUUUUAGCAUGGGUGGUCGUAUUUUAAACAAGUAUAGGCCAGGAUUGUGCUUUUGCCUAAGAAUGUUGAGGUUGGUUACCACACAAAAUUGGUUAAGUGGUUAUGAUUGUGAUAUUGAAGAAGACAUCCUUGAAAUUGGUAAAGAGGUGAUAGAUGAAAGUUUUGCAUCUAAUUAGAAAGGUAUGGAUGUUGUAUUGUAGUGAUGCUUAAUUUAUAUUGUGUUGCUUCAUUUUUUUUUUGAGAAAAGUGUUGCUUCAUUUCUUACACUGAUGCCUAAUUAAUAUACUUCAGGUAUUAUUAUUAAUGUUGUUUAGCGUUGCUACUGCAUUUUGGUUGUUCUAUGCUAUUGCAUUUUUGUUGGAGCUGAAGCACUCACUCCACGAAUGAUCUCCUUGCCGUGUUCAACCUCAAGCCUAUUGCCUAAUUUUUUAAAACUGAUUAUAUAUGGUUUAGUUUCUUUAGUCAAUUAUGGAGCGAUUAACUCGUGCUUAUACAUAAAAAAAAAGAACGAACAUAAUUUUGCUUUACUGUAAUGAGAAGUCAGAGUUGAGUUGUGUUGAGCUUAGUUGUAAUUGUAAUGAGAAUCAUAAAUUUUGAUGUGAAUUACAGAAAGUAUAAUUAUUAUUAUAUGCU